GGACGAAUCCUUCCAACUCUCAAUGGAAGCGCUGCCUCUACGUUCGCCCCGCCCGGAAGGAGAGGCAGAGGUCGCUUUUCGGCCAGCUAGUCGGGCUGUGAGGCCAGCGCUUGGGCGUUGCGUUCCUUCACCAUGCAGGGUAGCACAAGAAGAGUGGGCAUCAUGACUGAUGUCCACCGGCGGUUCCUCCAGUUGCUGAUGACUCACGGAGUGCUGGAGGAAUGGGACAUUAAGCGCUUGCAGAAGCAUUGCUAUAAGGUCCAUGACUCCAAUGCUCCUGUGGAGAAGUUGGAGGACUUCAUCAACAACAUUAACAGUGUCUUGGAGUCGCUGUAUAUUGAGAUAAAGAAAGGAGUCACGGAAGAUGAUGGGAGACCCAUUUAUGCACUGGUGAAUCUCGCAACGACUCCCAUCUCCAAAAUGGCCUCAGAUUUUGCAGAGAAUGAACUGGAUCUGUUUAGAAAGGCUUUGGAACUGAUUAUUGAUUCAGAAACUGGCUUUGCCUCGUCCACAAAUAUUUUGAACCUGGUUGAUCAACUUAAAGGCAAGAAGAUGCGGAAGAAGGAAGCUGAGCAAGUGCUGCAGAAGUUUGUACAAAAUAAAUGGCUGAUUGAGAAGGAAGGAGAGUUCACCCUGCACAGCCGGGCCAUCCUGGAGAUGGAGCAGCACAUCCGGGAGACAUACCCUGACUCUGUGAAGAUCUGUAACAUCUGCCACAGCCUCCUUGUCCAGGGUCAAAGCUGUGAGACCUGUGGGAUUAGGAUGCAUUUACCUUGUGUGGCCAAAUAUUUCCAGUCAAAUUCUGAGCCGCGCUGCCCCCACUGUAAUGACUACUGGCCCCAUGAGAUACCAGAAGUCUUCGACCCUGAGAAGGAGAGGGAGGCUGGAAUCUCCAAAUCGAACAGAAAGUCCUUGCGAUCCAGGCAGCACUAGCUGGUGUGCUGCCGCAGGCCCUGCUGGAAGAGAGAUGUCAGUGUUUCACCUGAGUCAUCUCCUCUGUGCUUUAUUUUCGAUUAGCAGGUUUCAAAUAAAACUUACUGAGCAGUUGCUGCACAGCCUC